CUUAACUUGACAAUAAACUCAGCUUUACGAUAAGCUUAAUGUUUUCCUCCCGUCUUAUCAGAAAUUCUAUUAACAUGAUCUUGCUGCUUUGCUUAUCAGCUUUCCUUUGUACUGCAAGUAAUGCAGCUACUAUAUGCAGUAAUGAAACAGACAAGAUUUCUUUGCUUGCAUUCAAGGAUUUGAUCACUGAGGAUCCCCUUGGAAUGCUGAUCUCAUGGAACAAUUCUAUCCAUUUCUGUGAGUGGCAGGGAGUAAAAUGCAGUAGCCGGCACCAAAGAGUUGUGGAGUUGGACUUGAGGUCUCAGGGAUUGACGGGCUCGAUUUCGCCCUUCAUUGGCAAUUUGACCUUCCUCAGGUCUAUUUACCUUCAACAUAAUCAAAUCCGAGGAAGUAUCCCGCAAGAACUCGGUGGUCUGUUUCGCUUGCAGAAUCUGAAUUUCACUAAUAAUACUCUCCAGGGGCAGAUUCCAAGCAAUUUGUCACGCUGUCUGGAGCUCAGAGAAAUUGAAUUGAAUUUCAAUGACCUUGUUGGGAAAAUUCCAGCAACAUUUGGUUCUCUAACCAAGCUCACUUCUCUAUCUUUAUUCUCCAACAAUCUCCAUGGAACCAUCCCUCCAUCUCUUGGUAACCUAACCUUCCUCCAAACACUUUCUCUAGGAACAAACAACCUUGAAGGAACUAUUCCAGAUUCUAUUGGCCAUCUCACCAAUCUCCUGUAUUUUGGUAUUGGUUUGAAUAAUAUCUCUGGUGUAGUCCCUCCUUCCCUCUACAACAUUUCAUCUCUCACAGAUUUAGUUAUUCCAGACAACCAGUUAACAGGUAGUCUGCCCUCAGACAUAGGCCUUACACUCCCUAACCUCCGAUUUAUUUCUGUUGGAGGAAACCUAUUUACUGGAUGUUUUCCGAUUUCUUUCUCCAAUGCAUCUGGAAUGAUACUUCUUGACUUGUCCGACUCUCAACUUUCAGGGCCGGUUCCUUCAGAUCUUGGAAGAAAAAUGAAAAAUCUUCGGUGGCUGAAUUUGGGAUCUAAUAGUUUUGGCACUGGGGGUACUGAUGACCUUAGCUUUCUUGAUUCUUUAACCAAUUGCACCAAUUUGCAAAUAUUGGGAUUAGACGAAAACGGUUUUGGUGGUGUUUUACCAACUUCGUUUUACAAUCUCUCAACUAAACUUAGAUUACUGGAUGCUGGAGGUAAUCAGUUUGUUGGAAACAUCCUAGAUGGUAUAUCAAACUAUGUCAACUUAAUUGAUCUUUCCUUAGAGCAAAACCUUCUCUCAGGUUCUCUUCCUUUCAGUAUAGGGAAGCUUCAAAACCUGCAACAUUUUACUUUCAGCGGAAAUAGACUGUCUAGUUCAAUCCCGGAAUCAUUUGGCAAACUCACCCAACUCUUCCACCUGAAUUUGGCUCAGAACAAUCUGACAGGAAGCAUCCCACAAGGCUUUCAGAACCUUCAAAGGUUGCAAAUCCUAAAUCUUUCUCAUAACAACCUUGAUGGUUCUAUACCUAUGACAAUUGGCCUUAUCUCCACCUUAUUUUUCAUCAACUUUGCUCAUAACACGUUCAGAGGUUCCCUACCGGCGGAGCUUGGUAACUUGAAUAAUCUACAGGACCUGGACUUUUCUGAGAACAAGUUGUCUGGCGAAAUUCCAAGCACGCUUGGAAAUUGUUUGAGAUUGGAACACCUUAUUCUACGCGGUAACUUGUUGCAGGGGAGCAUUCCUUCCUCUUUUGGCUCCCUGAAAGGACUUGUAGGUUUGGAUCUUUCUCGAAACGAAUUGUCUGGAACGAUUCCGAUCAAUCUGGAGACACUAACCACUCUUGAAAAUUUGAACUUGUCCUUUAAUAGCUUAGAGGGUGAGGUGCCAUCCAAAGGUGCUUUUACCAACACAAGUGUGAUUUCAGUUGUUGGAAAUAGAAAGCUCUGUGGUGGCCUUCCUAAAUUGCACUUACCGAUCUGUGCCAUUCAAGAGUCGAAGAAGAAGAAUCAUCUUAAAGCUAAAGUUAUUAUAAUGUUAGUCAGUGUGGGUUUUUGUUUGAUACUGCUAAUAGUUUUGCUUGCUUUUUGUUGGAAAAGAAGACCGAGAAGAUUGUCCUCCCAAUCAUCCCUUGGAGAGGAAUUUUUGAGGGUAUCUUAUAACGAACUUCUCAAAGCUACCGAUGGAUUUUCUUCGACAAACUUGAUUGGCAUUGGAAGUUUUGGUUCUGUGUACAAAGGAAAGCUCUAGCAGGAUGAAAAACCUUUAGCAGUGAAGGUAUUCAAUCUUGAACAGCUAGGAGCUUCCAAGAGCUUUAUUGCAGAAUGUGAAGCUCUACGGAGGACCAGGCACCGGAAUCUUCUCAAGAUAAUCACUGCUUGUUCCAGCAUAAAUUUUGAAGGUAAUGAUUUUAAAGCUCUUGUCUUCGAGUUCAUGCCCAAUGGAAGCUUAGAAAGUUGGUUGCAUCCAAGUGAAGAUACGAGAAAGUUAAACCUCGCUCAAAGGCUUAACAUAGCAGUAGACGUUGUUACUGCACUGGAGUAUCUUCAUCAUUUCUGUGAAACACCAAUUGUUCAUUGUGAUUUGAAGCCAAGCAAUGUUCUUCUUGAUGAGGAUAUGACUGCUCAUGUGGGAGAUUUUGGGUUGGCCAGGUUACUUCCUAUGAAUAUCAGCAAUCCAAUUAAAGGGCAGACCAAUUCAACUGGACUCAGAGGCUCUAUAGGAUACGUUGCACUAGAAUAUGGAAUGGGUGGAUUAGCAUCAGCACAAGGAGAUGUCUACAGUUUUGGAAUUUUUCUUCUAGAGAUAGUCACAGGGAGGAGACCAACAGAUGAAAUGUUUAAAGAUGGCCUAAGCCUUCAUAGUUUUUGUAAGGCGGCAUUGCCUGACCGAGUGAUGGAGAUUGUUGAUAUGCGACUGCUACUAGAAGAAGAACCUGGUGAAACUAUUAUUGAUAUUGACAAUGAAAGACGCAUCAAAGCUAAAAGAAAGGAAUGCUUGAUUUCGCUUGUAAGGAUUGGAGUUGCUUGUUCAACAGAAACACCGAGUGAACGGAUUGGAAUUAGUGAUAUAGUAAUGGAGAUGAAUAUAACUAAGGAAGUGUAUCUUGGAGUAGGCAUUCAUGGCGAGAGACGUAUAAGAAUGCAACUGGCUGGUGAAGUGACAUCUCAGCUGAAUAAUUUUUAA